AUGCCAGCCAUGUCACUGCUCGCCCUGAGCCUCUUUGUGCUGGCCAGCGUGGCCGAAGCCGACGACGGCGCCGGCAAGCGCGGUCUCGUCUUUACGCCCAACUCAGAGUACCCCCAAGACAACAAGCUCUGGAGCCCGCCGGGCAACGACCUCACAUGGUACUACAACUACGGCAGCAUGCCGUCGCCCGCCUACGCCGGCGUCUCGCAGGACCAGUUUGAGUUUGUGCCCAUGAUGUGGGGGGUCGGCGCUGACCCGACGGACGCGACGUGGCUGAGCCAGGUCAAGGGCGUCAUCAGCGAGGGCCGCAACAUCACCCACGCGCUGGCCUUUAACGAGCCCGACGCGCCCAACUCGUGGGGUGGCAGCAACGUCGACCCGCACUCGGCCGCGCAGGCCUGGGUAGCCAACUUUGAGCCGCUCGCCCAGAUGAACGUCAAGCUCGGCCUGCCCGCCGUCACCGGCGCGCCGUCGGGCCUCGACUGGAUCAAGCAGUUCCUCGGCAACUGCUCCGCGCUCGUCAGCAAGGGCAGCGGCGAGACCAAGAACUGCACGUUUGACGUGAUCCCGCUGCACUGGUACGACAACUUUGCCGGCCUGGCCUCGCAUAUUGGCGAGCGCAGGACCCUGUGGCCCGACGCCGAGAUCUGGAUCACCGAGUACGCCUACGCGCACCAGGACCUCUCGCCCACCCAGCAGUUCUUCAACCAGACCGUCGACUACUUUGACAAGGAAAAGUACAUUGGCCGCUACUCGUACUUUGGCGCCUUUCGCUCCAAGAACUCGAGCGUGGGCGCCAACGCCCCGUUCCUCAACAACGCAGGCAAGCUGACGGACAUUGGCGCCUGGUACCUGGGCAAGAGCGCGACGGGCGUGAGCCCCCAGAGCAAGGCGUUCAGCGUUGUGCCGUCGGGGCUCGUCGCAAGUGGCGUUGCGGCGGUGGCUGGCGUUUUGAUCGCUUGGGCGUAG